CGCAUGCGUGUGCAGGCAGCCAUCUUGCGUGCUUGCCUAUGUCGUGACCAGUUUUUCGUUGCUUGAACGUUUUGACGAAGAAGUACGUUUGUGUUACACAGUUGAUUGCUUCCCACUGAUAAAAAUGUCAGACAACACAGCAGAUAUCGAUCCCGAGCAGCAGGAGGAUCUUUUGGAUUAUGAGGAGGAUGCAGAGCCUACUCAGGACAGUGCGGCUGCCGCUCCCGAAGCCAAGAAAGACUUGAAGGGAACUUACGUCAGUAUUCACAGUUCUGGCUUCAGAGACUUCCUUCUGAAGCCUGAGCUCCUGCGUGCUAUCGUGGAUUGUGGAUUCGAACAUCCUUCAGAAGUCCAAGCGGAAUGUAUUCCGCAGGCCAUUCUUGGUAUGGACAUUCUAUGCCAGGCCAAGUCUGGUAUGGGUAAAACUGCCGUGUUUGUCCUCGCCACGCUUCAGCAGCUCGAACCUGUUGAUGGACAGGUCAGCGUUGUGUGCCUUUGCCACACAAGAGAGCUGGCGUAUCAGAUCUGCCGUGAGUACGACCGAUUCCGGAAGUACAUGCCGAGCGUAAAGACUGCUGUCUUCUUCGGUGGCGUCAGCAUCAAGCGUGACCAGGAGACGCUAAAAAACAACUGCCCGCACAUUGUUGUUGGCUGCCCCGGGCGUAUGUUGGCUCUUGUUCGCGACAAAUCCCUCAACCUGAAGAACGUCAAGCACUUCAUUCUGGAUGAAUGCGACAAAGUACUCGACUCACUUGACAUGCGCCGUGACGUACAGGAAAUCUUCCGCGCAACACCCCAUGAGAAGCAGGUCAUGAUGUUCAGCGCUACUCUCAGCAAGGAAAUCCGCCCCGUCUGCAAGAAGUUCAUGCAAGAUCCCAUGGAAGUGUAUGUUGAUGAUGAAGCCAAGCUGACACUGCACGGUCUUCAGCAGCAUUACGUCAAGCUGCAGGACAAGGAGAAGAACAGGAAGCUCUUUGAGCUGCUCGAUGUCUUGGAGUUCAACCAGGUCAUCAUCUUUGUGAAGAGUGUGCAGCGAUGCAUGGCACUUGCACAGCUCCUUGUUGAGCAGAACUUCCCAGCCAUUGCUAUCCACAGUCACAUGACCCAAGAAGAGAGAUUGAAUCGCUACCAGCAGUUUAAGAACUUUGAGAAGCGAAUCCUAGUCGGUACAGACCUCUUCGGACGUGGUAUGGACAUUGAGCGUGUCAACAUCGUCUUCAACUACGACAUGCCAGAUGACUCCGACUCCUACUUGCAUCGCGUUGCACGUGCUGGCCGCUUUGGUACCAAGGGUCUGGCCAUUACCUUUGUCAGCGAGGAGAAGGAUGCCAAGGUCCUGAAUGAAGUCCAAGCAAGAUUUGAGGUUGAUGUGAGCGAACUUCCGGAAGAAAUCGACAUGGCCACUUACAUUGAACAACGUUGAGAUGUUGCUGAUCGCCCGUCCUCUAAAUCAACUCUUCAUUCCAAGGCUGCCAAGCUGUUGGCGUUUUUAUGUACUCCAUCCUCUCUUCUCUCUUUUUUCGUACGCUUGCUUUGAAGUGCAGUUGUGGUCUAAAGCUGUGUUCACAACUGGCGCAUGUACGCGUGAAACCACGCACCAGUUGGGAACACAGCUUAAGAAAUCCUGACUCAUGAGCCGAAAGCAGCACCUAGGCUCAUGCGGCCCUUGGAUGUUUUCCUGGACCGUGCAUAAUGUGAUUGAUGGGGACACAUGGCACUGCUUUUGACUCGUCGGUCGGCUUUCUUUGGUAUGUUCCUACAUGCAACCAGUCCAACGUUUGAAUUGUCAUGAAUUGCCGCAUGCCCGUGUUGGGUCAGUCUUGCCAUAUGCACUUGGGAACGGCUUGGGGCUCUCCUACUGCAACAUCUUGCACAUUUGCUGUCAUUGCUCAAUUCUAAGUAGCUGCUGUUCACAGAGAACCUGCCUCAAUGCUUGACCCGCUGCUCACCACCGCCGCCGCCUGCUGCUUUGUGCUGCUACCUGGAGCAUAUAAAAUAUGCAUAUCAUGUAAUGUAUUCUAAGUGCUACCCAUCACAACUGUUGAGAAUUUCAGUCCGUGAACCGUU